AUGUUAACUUUCAAACAAACUAUUUUUCUUCUAGUCAGUAUCAUUACGAUACUGGCUAUUAUUGCAAUAGUCACUGGACUUUCUCCACUUUAUUGGCCAUAUCCAAAAAUAAUUUCUCAAGAAAAUAAUUCACUUCGAAUACUCACUGCAGAUACAACAAGUACAACGAAAUUAAAUACACCAUUGACUACUCGACUUAAAUCCGUAACAAAGAAAAUUCUUCCAUUAACAACUGUUACUAUUACUACUGCAUUACCUAUUACGACAAAUAUGAUUAGAACAAAUACAACUAUCUCAUAA